GAGUUUCCAGCAGUGACUGAGCAGAUCCAAUGGACGGCAUUUCCGUGAGACCUUAAAACACGGCUCGGAGUACACUUGGCCCAUGGGGCCAUGUUUCAACGACGAAGUCUCCAGCUGACGCAUGGCGCAUGGUCUGCGGUUCUUCCGAGGUUCUUUGCCGAGGGUUUCGAAGGAUGGGGAGCUGGACUGCGUCUGAAGUGCAUCGACUGUCAUGCGGGCGGGGAACCUGCACGCGUGGUGGUUGGAGGAGUCCCCCAGAUAUCAGGCACUAUGCAAGAAAAACGAAAUCUGAUGAUGCAGCCCAGACUUGAUGCCCUGAGAAAGCUGUUGCUUUUGGAACCACGUGGCUACCCAUGCCAAAAUGCCAACUUUAUUUUUCCGCCCUCAGGAGUUUUUCCAACUGCCGCAUUUGGUGUUGUGAUUGCUGAACAGGGGCGCGUAUAUCCUGCGAUGAGUGGACACAAUAUGAUGUGCGUUGCAACAGCUUUGUUGGAGACUGGAAUGGUUCCAAUGGUGGAACCCCUGACAGAGUUUGAUUUGGAAACACCAGCCGGCCUUGUUGGAAUACAAGCAAGAUGCCAAAAUGGCAAAGCUCUGCAGAUAACUUUGCGAAACGUUCCGUCUUUUUGUCGCCCCAAAGACAUGGAUGUCGAGGUUGAAGUUCCAGAGAUUGGCACUGUGCAACUAGACAUUGCAUAUGGUGGCAUGUUUUAUGCUAUUGUUGAUGCCCAAAGGAUCGAUUUGCAACUUGUGCCAAGCAAUGGUCGUGAAAUCUGCAAGCUGGGAGAGAUGAUCAAGAUUGCAUGCAGGGAGCAGAAUCCUGUGAAUCACCCGGAGUUCGAUUAUCCAGGCUGUGACAUUCUGGUCUUCACGGACAAUCAACGGAGAGACGGGGAUGCUAUGAGGGGCCGAAAUGCCGUUGUCAUGUCGAAUGGUAAGCUUAGUUGGGACAACCCUGAAAGCUGGACUGGAAUGAUCGAUCGUUCUCCAUGUGGAACGGGAACUUGUGCCGUUAUGGCGCAAAUGCACGCACGAGGACGCCUUGGAUUGGAGGAAGACUUUGUGCACGAAAGCAUCAUCGGAAGCGAAUUUGUUGGAAGACUCUUGGAGGAAGUCACAAUUGGAGCUGCAGAACCUGUGAAAGCAGUUGUACCAACUAUAUCAGGAAGAGCUUGGAUCACGCAGCACAGCGAAGUAAUUUGUGAUCCCAGUGAUCCUUUCCCGCAAGGCUAUACUGUAGCUGACAUUUGGUCAGCAAGUGCAGAUGAUGCGUAAAUAUGCGUAAAUAAUCAUGAGUCAUUUUGCUUUCAAAGACAAGGCAAAGUGGACAAGCACCGCCGAAUUAGCCGCGGUGUUGAGAGGACUUCUCGUUUGAGAGAAAUAGGCA